CUCUGUUCCGGAUCUAUCUUCACCUCUCUCGAGGCAACUCUGGACAGAGUCAGAGCCUAGUUGCAAGUGAGUCAUGGCCACGUCGAAACUAGCAAUAACUUCUCUGGCAGCUCACAUUCGUCCCUUCACAUGCUCCGCCGCGUCUCAACCCUCCCGUUUAGCUCCUCAUCCGCCGGACCUCGUCCGUUGGAUCAAAAGAGAAGGCGGCUUCGUUCACCACGCCGUCAAGCUAUCUCAGGAUACUCCAUUCGGCAUCGGUCUCAUCUCCACCGAGCAAAUCCCUCAAGGCACCGACCUUAUCUCUCUCCCUCCUCACGUUCCCUUACGCUUCGAAUCAGAUGAAACGGCACCGUCUCCUCUCCUCGCCGCCUUAGCCCGUCGAGUUCCCGAAGAGUUGUGGGCAAUGAAACUGGGAUUGAGACUAUUGCAAGAGAGAGCCAGUGCUGAUUCUUUCUGGUGGCCUUACAUUAGCAAUCUCCCUGAGACUUACACCGUUCCCAUAUUCUUUCCCGGAGAAGACAUCAAGAACUUGCAGUAUGCUCCUCUUCUCCACCAGGUUAAUAAAAGAUGCCGUUUUCUCCUUGAUUUUGAGCGAGAGAUUAGACAUACUCUUGAAGAUGUUAAGGCUACUGAUCAUCCUUUUAGCGGUCAAGAUGUGAAUGCAUCUGCACUCGGGUGGACCAUGUCGGCUGUUUCGACUAGAGCGUUUCGUUUGCAUGGUGAUAAAAAGCUUCGAGGUGGGUCUUCUGAUCAUGUUCCCAUGAUGCUUCCUUUGAUAGAUAUGUGCAACCACAGCUUCUCACCUAAUGUCAAGAUUAUUCAAGAACAGGACGGUUCUGACUCAAACACCCUUGUUAAGGUCGUUGCAGAGACUCAAGUUAAAGAAAAUGAUCCGUUGCUACUCAAUUAUGGUUGCCUUAGCAACGAUUUUUUCCUUUUGGACUAUGGCUUUGUGGUUGAAUCAAACCCGUACGACACCAUUGAGCUUAAAUACGAUGAAGGGCUCUUGGACGCUGCAAGCAUGGCGGCUGGUGUUGCUUCCCCAAAAUUCUCUUCUCCAGCUCCAUGGCAACAUCAGUUGCUUUCCCAAUUGAAUCUCGCCGGGAAAAUGCCAGACCUCAAGGUAACCAUAGGAGGUCAAGAGACAGUAGAGGGAAGACUAUUGGCAGCUAUAAGAAUACUACUUUCCAGUGACUUGGUGGAAGUAGAGAAGCAUGACUUAGAAGAGCUCAAAUCUUUAUCCUUCACAGCCCCUCUUGGAGUUGCCAACGAGAUUGCUACUUUCCGAACUGUAAUCGCUCUUUGUGUGAUUGCAUUGAGCCACUUUCCGACAAAGAUAAUGGAAGACGAGGCUAUACUGAAACAAGGUGUUUCAGACACAGCAGAACUGAGUAUCAAGUACCGAAUCCAGAAGAAAUCAAUGAUCAUAGAUGUCAUGAAAGACCUCACAAGAAGGGUUAAGUUACUAUCAGCUCAGGAGACACCAAGUGCUUCGUAAUGAUGAUAAGCAUCAUCUUGUAAGUUCUAUAGGCUUUGCUUGUUCCGAAACCUCAGUUUCCAAAAUAAUAAUUUGUUUAAGAUUGUUCACUUUUGAAAACAUAUAGCAAUCGAGCGUUUUCUAUGAA